CUAUGCUGAGGGAGGAGGACGUUAUGGUAGUGGAACGCGGAAGUAAACGCGAGUGCGUCACUUCCGGGGCGUUGCCGAGAUGGUCAUGGCGGAGGGUACAGCAGUCCUGCGGAGGAACCGUCCGGGAACCAAGGCGAAGGAUUUUUACAGCUGGCCUGAUGAGUCGUUUGAGGAGAUGGACAGCACUCUGGCAGUGCAGCAGUACAUCCAGCAGAACAUUCGCUCUGACUGCGCCAACAUCGACAAGAUCCUGGAGCCUCCCGAGGGCCAGGACGAGGGCGUUUGGAAAUACGAGCACCUGAGACAGUUUUGUCUGGAACUGAACGGCCUUGCUGUUAAAUUACAGGGAGAAUGCCACCCUGACACAUGUACACAAAUGACAGCUACAGAGCAGUGGAUCUUUCUGUGUGCUGCACAUAAAACCCCUAAAGAGUGUCCUGCUAUCGACUACACGAGACACACGCUGGACGGAGCCGCCUGUCUUCUGAACAGUAACAAGUAUUUUCCCAGCCGGGUGAGCAUAAAGGAGUCAUCGGUGGCAAAGCUGGGUUCGGUCUGCCGCCGCAUCUACAGGAUAUUCUCCCACGCUUACUUUCACCACCGCCAGAUAUUCGACAAGUAUGAGGAUGAAACCUUCCUGUGUCACCGGUUUACUCGAUUUGUAAUGAAAUAUAACCUGAUGUCGAAGGACAAUCUGAUCGUGCCCAUUCUGGAGGAGGAAGUGCAGAACGCUGGCUCUGCCGAGAGUGAUGCCUGAGGACACGCGCGCACACACACACACACACACACACACACACAGUACAAGUUCAAGCAAAAAUGCUAUCAUUUGUGAAUCAACGCUAGUGGUUGCCCAUUCACAGGAUCUCAUUUUUGCAUAACGCCACUAGCCACCUUCAUUAAUCAUCGGCAGUGUUAGGAUUCUUUGAGUGAGGUCUUCCGUUAACACGUCAUAUUGCUAACAUAAAGUACCUCACCUAUAUUAAUGCACAGCCUCAUCUAUAACACAUUGUUUUGCAUCAUUGUGUUCAUCUCAGACAAGAAACUCCACGAGACCUUACAAAGGCCAAACUUUUUCAUUUGCUUCUUAAGAAGCUUAUUCUUACAGGAGCUCCACAGAAAUCAGCUGGCUGAUACACACACGCACACACACACACACACACACACUCGGCUGUGCCAUCAGUCGAACCCACAGCAACACUACCGGGGAGUUUUAGUGUCAUGAGGUCAUGAGGUUUUGUUUUUUUUGUUUUUUUUUUUAAAAAAAGAAAAAAAUCACAGGGUAACCAUGAUUACCACAUGAUCUAAAUAAUCAUGCGUCAAACUUUUUAACCGACUGCUUGCUUUUCUUUGCUUGUGUUUUCUUUACUCUUGCUUAAGUUAUUGCUAAUUUACUGAACUAAAGUUUAAAACAUUCACAGCUAAAGCCAUCCAGCCUUUUUUUUUUUUUUUGUUACAUUUGGGUUUCUAUAAAACUGUAUCAUUUACAUUAGUAUGUGAAUAAGUAACUAAUAAACAAGUGUACAGAGCUA